GCUACUGUGAGGUUCGUGGCGCAACGCGUGGCGCCUCGCGCAGUUCUUCGUUUUGCACAACAAAUCUAAUUUUUUUGUUGCUGUCUUUGCCCUGCUCAAGUUAUGCAAAAUUUAAUUUUCUCUAUUUGCCUGAGCACGGGCAAUUCGGCAGUGGUGCGGGCAGAACAUGUGCUUGAUCCACACAUGCUUCGUUAUUCACGGCGCGCCUGAUGGAAUUGCAACCCAAGUUGCACAAGAAGCAGCAGCAGCAGCAGCAGCAGAGGCAUGCAACGUUCGCGCUGUGCCACAAGUUAAACAAAAUCUUUCCAAUUGCAGCUCGCAUUCACUACUUGGAGCGUGAGGAGCAGCGUCCGAGCAGCAGCAGCAGCCGCUUGGCCAACGAGGGCAGCAUCGAUGCCAGUGUAGCCAGCGCCUCGCCACCGAGUGGAGUUGGUGUCUCGCCACAGGGUUCGCCCCAGCUGCAGCAGCGCCUGGGCAAGCAUCUGAGCAAGUCCGCUUCGGAGCUGAACGGACACGACUGCCAUCACAGCAACGAGUCGCCGCAUUUAUCGCCGAAGCGAGCCAAGAGCGCCGCCUCCCCCCAGCAGCUCGUCGGCGGCGGCGUCAGUGGCAGCAGCAGCGUUGGGGGCGUGGCCAGCGGUGUAAGCGUGCUGCAGAAGACGCACGGCUUCUUCAACAACCUGAAGCAUCGCUGGAGUCGAGCGAAGAGCAAAGAUCGCAUCGGUCGCAAGUCGCCCAGCGACUUUCUCGAGGAGAGCACCGACUAUGCCGCCGACUACAGCUCGGAGAGCAGCUCCGUGACCCAGAGUCCACGACAUCGAGCCACCACCAUUGGUGGUUCGCCGUUGGCGCGCGACUUUCGUGCCACUGCCAAGAUGGCGCAGGUGAUUCAGCGCUUCGGCGGCUCCAUGGAGGGCCGCAUAGACGAGCAGCCCGAGAACGGGAAUGCCCACAGCACGGCGACAACGGAGCAGCAGCAGCAUCAACUCGAGGCGCUGCAGGCCGACGAGCUGCGUCGCAAGCGGGAGACACAAUUACGACAAUUCGUCUUCUUUCAGCUGCGCGUCCACCUCAAAUCCGGCUGCGACCUGGUGGCCAUGGACAAAAACGGACUGAGUGAUCCUUAUGUGAAAUUCAAGGUGGGCGGACGUCUGCUGCACAAGUCGCGCACCAUCCACCGCGACCUCAAUCCCGUGUGGGACGAGGUGUUCAUCGUGCCCGUGGAGGACCCAUUUCAGCCGAUUAUUGUGAAGGUCUUCGACUAUGAUUGGGGACUGCAGGAUGAUUUUAUGGGCUCGGCGAAAAUCGAUCUCACUCAACUGGAGCUGGGCAAAGCGGAAGAUAUCAAUCUGCAGCUGAGCGACACAACCAACGGCGAGCCGGGCCUCAGCAUGGGCGAGAUACUCAUCAAUUUGACGCUCUGGCCGCGCAGCCAGGAGGACAAGGAAAUGCACUUUCAGCGCAACUCCAAAUUGGCUGAGUCAUCGAAGCGACUUAAAUCACAAAUCUGGAGCUCCGUGGUGACAAUACUGCUGGUCAAGGCCAAAGAUCUGCCGCUAGCCGAAGACGGCAGCAAGCUCAUUGACAUACACUUUAAGUUUAGGCUGGGCAACGAGAAGUACAAGAGCAAAACGUCAUGGACGGAACGCUGGCUGGAGCAAUUCGAUUUGCAUCUCUUCGACGAGGAUCAGAACCUGGAGCUGGCCCUGUGGAAUCGGAAUACCCUCUACGGCAAGGCCAACAUCGAUCUGAGCGUCUUUCAGCGCGAGACUACGCAUGGCAUAUGGAAGCCGCUGGAGGAUUGCUCUGGCGAGGUCUUCCUCAUGCUGACGAUCAGUGGAACAACGGCUCUGGAGACAAUUAGCGACCUGAAGGCCUUCAAAGAGGAUCCGCGUGAGACGCAGCUGAUCAGAGAUCGCUACAGCUUCUGGCGCAGCCUGCAGAAUCUGCGCGAUGUCGGGCAUCUGACAGUCAAAGUAUUUGGCGCCACGGGACUGGCAGCUGCUGACAUAGGCGGCAAAUCGGAUCCGUUUUGCGUGCUGGAGCUGGGCAAUGCGCGACUGCAAACGCAGACGGAGUACAAGACGCUAACGCCCAACUGGAACAAGAUCUUUACCUUCAACGUCAAAGACAUCACUCAAGUGCUGGAGAUCACAGUUUACGAUGAGGAUCGCGAUCAUCGUGUCGAGUUCCUGGGCAAACUUGUGAUCCCUCUGCUGCGCAUCAAGAGCGGCGUCAAGCGCUGGUAUACGCUGAAGGACAAGAAUCUGUGUGUGCGUGCCAAGGGCAACUCCCCACAAAUACAACUCGAGCUGACUGUGGUCUGGAACGAGGUGCGAGCCGUUUGUCGCGCUCUGCAGCCGAAGGAGGAGAAACUCAUCCAGCAGGAGGCGAAGUUCAAGCGGCAACUCUUCCUGCGCAACGUGAAUCGCCUCAAGGCGAUCAUUAUGGAUAUACUGGAGGCAGCACGCUACGUUCAAAGCUGCUUUGAGUGGGAGUCCCCGGUGCGUUCUAGCAUUGCCUUUGUGCUCUGGAUCGUCGGCUGUGUCUACGGCGAUCUGGAGACUGUGCCGCUCGUGCUGCUGCUCAUCAUAUUGAAAAAGUGGCUCAUACGCUUGAUAACGGGCACCACGGAUGCCAAUGCGGGUCACUAUGAUUACGACUACGAUGAGGAUGACGACGACGACAAGGAGAAGGAGGAGAAGAAGUCAAUUAAAGAGCGCCUUCAGGCCAUACAGGAGGUCUCACAGACCGUACAAAAUACGAUCGGAUAUUUAGCCUCACUAGCCGAGAGCACCAUCAACACAUUUAACUUUUCCGUCCCCGAGUUGACCUGGCUGGCGGUGGUGCUGCUGCUGGGCGCGAUCCUUGUGCUGCAUUUCGUGCCGCUGCGCUGGCUGCUGCUCUUCUGGGGCCUCAUGAAGUUCUCCCGACGCAUUUUGCGUCCCAACACGAUACCAAACAACGAGCUGCUCGACUUUCUGUCUCGUGUGCCCGACAACGAGGAGAUUAAUCAAUAUAGGGAGCUGCCGCCAUCGGCUGCCACAGAUCUGGCACGAAAUAAUCCCAAAAAGAAAUUGAAGGGCUCAUAGUCUAUAACCAGCGCUGAUGCGGUAAUUGGGCCGCUGCAGCACAGCGCAUCUGGUACACAGCAUUUGAUGCAGCGCUUCCGCGCCAACACCAGCCAACUGAAGCACAAAUUUAGCCAGGCCAAGAGCCAUAGUCUAAGCCAGGGCGAUUAGCCGUUUAGUCCAUUAGCAAGUAUUCCAUUGAUGGCACAAGAAUCCAAGACGCAACUUUAACUAAAUGCACCAAACGUUUUUAUGCUUAACUUAAGUACUUAAACAACCAGACAAACAAAAUAACAAGUAAGAGCUUCAACAGUCGGCUCGCCUCGACUGUGCCAUACUCGUUCACAGUUUAUUAGUAUUGAGAGGAUGAGCUCGUUAGUAAUAUUCAUUCCAAAUAUUGCUUAAUCAAGUUGUUCUUAACCAGUGGCAGAUUAACUUAUCCGAUUAGGUAUACUACCCCAGUAGGCAUAACACCGUCUCGGCUAUAUAUAUAUCUGAAGCUUUAUGUGUUAAUCAGGCUUAACUUGCAAAUGAAAAACUCUUCUUAUAUACCGAACCAGCAUUAUAAAACUAAUAUGCUCUCUUUAGCUUCAUAACCCAAGUUACUAAACGAGCAUAUGAAAACCAAUAUACCUCUUUUGCACUUUCUGAACAAGCAUAACAUAACUAAUACACCCCAAUUUAACGCUAUAAACAAGCAUAACAAUUCUAAUAUACUACACUAACUUUUCUAUAUCAGCAUAUCAAAGCCAAUACACCCCAUUUUUUAACUCUUAAGCAAACAUAAUGAAAUAGAGCCAAGCUAAUAUAUUAUUGAUAAUAUUAUUAAUAUUAUUGAUAAUGUGAACGAGUAUUUAAAUUCAAUUCAGGCAGUUUAAUCUCGCUUUCUCUCUCUAACUCAGUUCAAAAUCGAAUCAAACUAUUUACACAACUUUUAAUAUAAAUACACUGAGCGAAACGAUUUGUUCUGCAGUGUUGUAAAUACA